AAUUAUUAUUGGAUACUGGGUCAACUGAGGUCAUGUUUACUUUUCUUCUUUUUAGUUUUAUUUUUCCCUUUUUCUGAUCUCUAUAUAUAAGGUGUUAAUUUGUUAACUAGCAUAUACAAUAUAUUAACAAUAAGCACAAGCUAAAGGGUGUAGAACUUGACAUGGCUACCAAUAACAUGCAAAUUUUCAUCCUAAUUGCAAUUUUAUUUGUGUGUAAUUUCUCAGAGGCCAAGAAGGCUAAAAUUGCGCAUGUCGAGUUCUAUAUGCACGACAUUGUGGGUGGCCCCAAUCCUAGUGCAGUUCGAGUGGCUGGCCAGUCUUCUAAUACAACUGGGCUUAACCCGAUCACUAGUAUGUAUGGGUCCGUUUUUGUCAUGGAUAACGCUCUGACGUCCACUCCUAGUUUAAACUCAACCCUUAUGGGUCGUGCACAAGGAAUAUAUGUCAUGGCUUCGCAACAUAACGAGUUUAGUCUUUUAAUGACUCUUACAUAUCACUUUAUUCAAGGAUCUUACAACGGUAGCUCGUUUAGUGUGGUUGGUAGGAAUCCAGUUAUGAAUGAGACCCGAGAGAUGCCCAUAGUUGGAGGUACGGGUGUUUUUAGGAUGGCACGUGGAUAUUGUUUGGCUAAGACAUACUCAAUGGACCAAAUGGAUGCGGUUGUAGGGUAUAAUGUCACUAUUUUUCAUUACUAGUUGUGUGUAUAGAAUAUGAAUUUCGAGUACUUUGCUUAAUUUUUCAUUUUAUUAUCUUUUUAUCAAAU